UUUAAUUCACCUGAACCGGUUAGCGUCAUCGCCAUGUAUAUCCAUCCAUCAUUCUGCUUCUCCCUUCUUAUUGCGAUGUGAAGAGGAGACACGGUUGGUGCUUUUUACUACCCCAUUGGUUAGUAGGCAUCGUUACGCAUGCGAAUCAGUAACACAGCAUAAUGGUAUACAUUCCCCAUGGUGUCAGCUAUGAUGCAGCAUUCAUGACUGAAUUGAAAAGGAACAAUAAGGUUAUGACUGUAACCAUGGUUCCCCGAAAUGAGGGAAUGAAUGCUGCAUAAGCUGGUCGUGCUACUGAAUCUUCGCUACAAGGGUUGAGUAUCGCUUGCACCCUUCAGUCGAAUGUUCUGAAGAGAUAGCGCUGUGCGAUCCCCGGCUUAUAUACGACCGCUGAUGCGCACGAGGGAGGCGGAGCACAAAGCGCUAUCUGCCAAUUAAAAUUGGCUAGAUUUUCGACUAUCAGAGAUUGGCUACACCUACUGGGAUAAACCCGAUAGUGUCAGCUAUGACACAGCAUUCAUUCCCUCAUUGGUUACAGUUGUAAUCUUAUCGUUUUCAUCUCUGUAAUAUGCACCACUUUUUUAGUUCACCCCACCUUAUGCCAUCGUCCAUACACAGACAGUCCAGAAAUCUUAAAGCACUCAUGCCCUUGAGCCCUCUUAAUUUAAUUCACCCAAAACAGCACCAGCUCUGUUUAAAAACACACCAAAUCUACUGCUAGAAGGAGCCUUGUUCCUUUCAGAGGGAAUGUUGGGUAAAUAUAUAUAAGGGGUUGUGCUGGCACACUGAAUGGCAUUGUUUUACAAAACCUUGCAGUCUUUCACAGACAAAGAGAAAGACUCAGGUUCAGGAUAUAAGUUGGGAAAGGCUUUAAUGUAUCAGCAUUAUUUGUCUCAGGCACAUACUAAAAUCUCAGUGAUGUCACAGAGAGAAAAUCAUUCAUGUGGCAGUCCAACACAUCAUAGUGCACACUGUCAUCACUUCCCAGUGCUAUUUUAGACUGCAGUCAGGGCUGGUUGUUUGAAGGCAGGGACUCACAGCCCAGCUUUGGAAAGGAAGGGAAUGUAAAGGGAACCAUCUCCCUUGAGAAGUGAAUAGGCUUGUUUGUAGACAGGCCCAGCCCCCUCCAUCUCCAUUGUCACAGAGGCGUGUUUGCCUUCUCUUCUGUGACAACAGCACUACUGAUCACAGACAAAACCACACAUGGUAGAUUUACAGAAAAGAGGGCAAGCGGGGUGAUAAAUCAAAGGAAAAUGGUCUGGGCUCUGUAGGUGCUGAGCCCAGCUACUUUGAGAUUCCCAGAAAAGAGGGACAAAUGGCAGAAAACAGCAUCCAUGAGAUCCCAACAAAGGACACUGAGGGCGUUGGGGCUGCAAAAGCUGCCUCAGGCACUACUGCCGCCGCACAGGCUAACACCUCAUUCACCAUCGAGUUUGACGACACUUCCCCAGGGAAGGUCACCAUUAAAGAUCAUGUGUCACGUCCAAGGCCUAAAAAAUCACCUCACAUUGGGGGUAAAGACCUCCUGCAGGCAGCCAUCAUGGCCUCUGAAAGUAAGGUGGCAGACUGGCUCGCCCAAAAUGACCCUCCUCUAGUGAGGCGUGAGUCCACAGAAGAAGACAGUAAGAGCAUCAAGAGUGAUGUGCCUGUCCAUCUCAAAAGACUUAAAGGCAGCAAGCACGAGGAUGGCACACAGAGCGAUUCUGAGAACGGCCUGGGAUUGCGCUUUGGCAGCAAGCGGCAUGCUGCGUUGGAGGAGCGUCUGAGAGCUGCAGGGGUGGGGCGCGUCAAAACAGAAGGUUCGGGAGCUGUGAGCCGCACCGCCUUUAUGAUCGAGUUCUAUGAUGAGGAUAACCCUUGCAAAAGGCGCUCCUACUCAUUCUCACAGACCGCACCGCUCCUUGGAGGCAUGGCAGGGGAGGGACUUUGCCCGACACCGCCCUCACACCCUAAGGUCGUCGCCAUGGCAGCGGACGGCAGCAAGGGCAUGUCAUCAUCGCUGGCAGCAGUCGCCCCCACGGCUGCUCGACUUCUACUCAAGCAAAGGUCGGAAGAGAAAAAUGUGGUGCAGAGCUCUUCCGUUACCGGUCAGCCCAGUCCUACCAAUGAGGCCCAGAAGCAAGAUGAUGACCAGAGUGACAAAGGCACAUACACUAUCGAACUGGAUAACCACAACCCUGAGGAAGAGGAGGCACGGCGAAUGAUCGAUAAGGUGUUUGGGGUGGAGAACUCUCAGGAUUCUGGUUGCCAUGAGCAACAGAAAGCCAGUGGUAAAGUGAAGGACAGCAAAAUGCUCGGCUCCACUGUGUCUGAGAGACUUGUAGAGGAAUCUAUUGCAGUCGGCAGCCCUAGCUGGGUUUCGCAGUGGGCCAGUUUAGCUGCUAAUCAAACAAGAACAGACCCAGAGGGUUCUGGAGCAGAACCACCUGCUUUCAUCCAUCAAGAGCGAGAUGCUGAUGCCUCUUUCAAGAGCACUGGCUCCACCACUUCCAGCCAAGCUGAGCGUAAGAGAAGGACUCUUCCCCAGCUUCCCACAGAGGAGAAGAUUAAGCGUUCUGAGAUCGGUGAGAAGCAAGACACAGAACCCCAGGAGAAAGAAAGCCACAAUGACCAUAAAGGUGAUGGCAAGAGUCUUGGCACUCAGGACAACAAGAACAUUGAGUCUGGCAAGUCAUGCCAAGCCAAGACCUUCCAGCAGGAUGGGAAAGCAAGACAGAGUUCAUCCUCUAAGUCUUCUGUACGCUCCCUGGGAAAUGGGGAGAGGAGAACCGAGGAGAGUCGCAGGAGGUGUUCCGAGGACAAGAGUAAAGAAAGUGACGGGGAGAGGUCCGGGAAGCCACUGGUGAGGCAGGGCAGCUUUACCAUUGAGAAGCCCAGCAGUAAUGUACCUAUAGAACUGAUUCCUCGCAUCAACCGGCAAAAUGGUGGGAGGGAGCGUAGCGACUCAGUUGGCAGCAUGGACACGGCAACUCUUCUCAAAGACACUGAAGCUGUAAUGGCAUUCCUGGAAGCUAAGCUCCGUGAUGAGAAAAAGGUAGACUCAGCAGUGCCACCUAGCUGUCCCCCCUUAUGCCCUGUGUCCCCUGAGUCAGAUAUUGACACAGCAAGCACUGUCAGCCAGGCGGCGACUGAUGGUGAUCGUAAGGCUGUGCAGAAGCGGCGCUCUCUCAGCAGCCUUUAUAGAGAGAAAAGCAAUGCAAGCACUACUACGAAAACCACGACCAGCGUGAGAGAACGUCUGGAGAGGAAGGCCAAGACCAAGACUACAGAAAGCCGUUCAGAUGCUCGCCGUUCAGUGCAAACUGCUUUGCGUGGCCGCCAACCAUCCCAGGAUCUCACUGAUGAUGACCAGACGUCUUCUAUAGCCAUCUCUGACAUCCUGUCCUCUGACCAGGAGAUGUAUUCCAGUUGCUCACACACCAAAAGUCACUUCACCUCCACCGAUGAUCUCUUGCAGUCCAAGCUUGAUACUAACAAAAUGUCCAUGAAGCCCAGCAAGACUCCACAAACUAGCACCUCAGCCCUGACAAAACAGACCGGUGCUAGUUUGCCCCAACCCCGUCCUACAAGGGCGUCCUUGUUGCGCAAGGCUCGGCUCGGGGACACGUCAGACACAGACCUAGCAGAUGCAGACAGGGUUUCCGUGGCAUCUGAGGUGUCCACCACCAGUUCCACUUCUAAGCCAUCAGGAAGGAAGGCACAAUCGCGCAUUGACAUGCUAGCACAACCUCGGCGAACCAGGCUCGGUUCGUUUUCAGCACGGAGUGAUUCAGAGGUGACAGUCAGUCGGAACACAUCGACCCGUUUGUCAUCAGAUACAGCCCUUCGCCUUGGACUGCGAAGCACAAGUCAGCAAGCAUCAGAUAGCAAGCUAACUGCACGCUUGCGGGCCAAUAGUGUCUCCAAGCUAACGGAACCCAAGCUGAAGACAGAACCUGUUAACAGCACUCCAUCAGCCAAUAACAGGUGGAGACGGCUACCUCCUGAAUACGCCUCUACCUCCGAAGAUGAGUUUGGCUCCAUUCGUAACUCUCCUAAACACAUUCGUCUGCGGCCUGGCACCACCUUUCGUGCCAGCAGGUUGGGUGGCCCCGCUCCUGUCACGACCAGCCCCGGGGGCCAUCUCCUCAAAAACAGGAUGAGAGAACAGGAGGAGUACAUACGAGACUGGACAGCCCACAGCGAGGAGAUUGCCAGGUUAUUUCCCUGUGUGCGCAGGAUCAGCCAGGACCUUGCCAAGGAUCUGGCCAUCCUGGCACGGGAGAUCCACGACGUGGCAGGCGAGAUCGACUCAGUCAGCUCCUCUGGCACUGCCCCCAGCACCACAGUCAGCACAGCUGCGACCACGCCAGGAUCUGCCAUCGACACCAGGGAGGAGCUGGUAGAGAGAGUUUUUGACGAAAGUCUAAACUUCAAGAAGAUUCCCCCUGUAGUUCACACCAAAACCUUAGAGAUCAAUGGCAGACCAGUAGAGCUUCGUCCCAGAGCCCCAGACAACCUUGACCCUCAGACGGCCCUACGCAGACGUACCUGGAACCGGGAUGAGGUGAGACCGGCUUUGCUAGAUAGUUUACUGCUGACAUCGGUUUCCCAACUGUCUUCCAAAAUCCGACAGUCUGUAGAUAAAACUGCAGGCAAAAUCAGGAUAUUGUUCAAGGACAAGGAUAGGAACUGGGAUGAUAUUGAGAGUAAACUCUGUUUAGAAAAUGAAGUUCCACUUCCCAAAACUACAAACAAGGACAUUUCAGCUAUACUAACAGAGCUGAAGAGGGUAGAAAAGCAGAUUCAAGUUAUAAAUGUCAUGGUGGACCCUGAUGGAACCCUCGAUGCUUUGACCAGCCUCGGCUUGACCAGUCCUACUGCCCCUAAACCCAGAACCAGCCCUGGAUCCCAGAGCAUAUGGGGGCCCCUGCCCGGUAAUGGAGCCUCCCAGCCACCUCCCAUUACCAGCCCCAGCCAAGAGUUACCCAGUGUGGGACUCAACUUUAACCGCACACACCCCACUGGAGAGGAGAGUGCCAUUGCUAGCAAGUGAUCUAAGCAUAAUUAAAAAAAAAAAAUAAUCUUAACAAUUAAGCAGAAAACUGGACUAAUAAAAAGACAUAGCUUGUUCCCAGUUUAAUCUUUUAUGUGUAUGUAUAAUGUAUUCCUCCCUAUGUGCCCAUUGAGGAUGCUGUAUGGGAAAUGUAAAUGUUUUUUUUUGUUUUUUUUACCCUCUAAUGCAGCCUUUAGGAUUACCUGUGUAUCUGGAAUGAUUACUUAUAAAAACCACACCAAAACACACACAGCUGCUUGUAACAGCAGGCAAGUGGCCAUCCUGCUCUAUGCCCAAUAAACUGCCAGACACAUCCCUUGUGAACAGACAAAAAUAACUCCAGUGCCUGUCUGCUCUCCACUGAGCUUACCUUUCUCUAAGUUAUGCACACUGCAACAAUCCAGUUUACCAAAAUAAAUACAGAUUACUAUGCGUACACUGAGCAAUUGUAUAUUUGAAUUUCAGUCUAUUUAGCUAACUGCAUUUCGAAUGUGUACUUGAAUGUACAAAUGUUUGUGCAUUCAAGCUAAGAAUUAGCUUGUGAAAUGUAUUUUAUUUUUAUUUAUUUUUUAUGUAAAGAUAAGUUCAUAAUUCAUGAUUGUUUGAAUUUUACAGACCCCAUGAAAUCGUUUGACAAGUGCCGUUUUCUUCCCUGUCAUGACAUAUUUCCUAUUGAAACAGGACGUUUUAAAAAUCGCCAAUAGGCUGUAGUUAAUUCAUAUGAUUUGUUACAUGUUAGGCAGUGCAGGCUGUUUAAGGAGGUGCAUUAUCAUUCUACAGAGCAUUUGAUUGGACAAAAAUUUGUGUUGUGCAAGACGAGUCAUCAAUAUUUUGGUUCAUUUCUCCAGAGGAGAAUUAUGUGCACUAAAGGUUAAUUGUGUCAACUUUAAGGAGUACACUAGCAGAUUGAUGACCUCAAGGCUACAUGAGCAAAAAGCCGCAAAACUCUUAUUUUGAUUUCACGGGGCCUUUAAACAUACAUCCAUUUUAUAUUCAAGAGUAGCAUAAUAUUUUUAGUUUUCAAAUAGAAGAACAUAGAGAUGGAACUUGCAGAUUAAUGCAUGCAAUGCACUGAUGGACCCUGGCAAAAUCUUGAUUAUUCAUUCAUUUAUGCUCCCUUUUAAGAGCUCCAGCACUAUUAAGAGCUGACUAAGCCUUAUGACUGUAAGUGAUGUGUGUAGUAACAACUUUUCUGGUGUAUUUCACAUUAAUUGCAUAGAUUCUCUGUGUCUUUAUGAUGCUCUAAUACCUACUAGCCUUCUUUUCAUGAAGAGAUAUGUUCCACCUUUGUGUGUUCGUUUACCAUAUACCCAAGUUUUGUUUCUUCUGCUGCUUGUCUGUAUUAGUUUAGGGGGUAUGGGGAAGGAAUAAUCCUGAACCACUAACCUGGCCUUUCUUUGUGAAGCCCUAUAGGAAGAGAAUUUCGUACACAUAGUGUAACUGUAAUUAGACUUAGACGGAGACUUUGAAAAUAGUGCAGCUAGGUACUGUACCAGACAGAAUACAUACAGCUGGCUUUUAUAUGUUUUAUAAAUGUAUGAUGUCACGAAGUGCCCAGUAUUCUAUAGUCUUUCUGUCUUUAAGAAUGGAAAGACUUGAUUUAGCGUGCUAAAGUUUAUUUUUGCACAUCACAGGCGUAAUGUGAAAUGGAACAGUCAAUUCAGGACACAAAAAAAAGACAAGAUUAUGAUGCCACUACAUCCCACUGUAUCCAUUAUAAGAUGCCUUGACAGUGGGACUCCCCUCUUAGAUAAAAACAUAACUUGUGUGAGACGGUCUACAGCUGUAUGGGAGCAGAUAAAGUGCUUGGUACAUCAUUUUUCCCUGUGCGUUUACAUAUUGUGUAUCAUGUCAGUGUUUGUUUCCUUUUUGGAUUUGUUAUUGUUUUUAAUAAAUGUAUUGUUUAUUUAUUUUUGUUUAUUUCGAUACAUUUAAUUGUUAUGGCACUUUUUCUUUUUAUAUAUUUUUGCAUAUUCUCAGUAAUGGGGGACAACAUAUUAAAUAAAUUGUUUUUGUUUAAUUUGGAAAUAAA